UACUUGUUUGAAUUUUAAAUUCGAUUUUUACUAUCUUUAUUGUUUUGUUCAUUAAAUCGUUCUUGAUACGAUGCAUGUCGUACACGUAUGACGUAACUGAAUCUAUAAUACCUCUGAGUGAAUAAUAUCCGUUUAGCCAUUUCUACAAAAGCAAAUACAUGUAUGUGUAAUAACUGAUUUUUUUCAUAUUCUUCCAUGUAGCCAUUAACAGAUAUAAAAAUGGUAUCGUUUUGAUUUCAUUUUAUAUGCAAUUGCGUUUUUCAGAUACCCUACUAGUAUUAAACUCUUUUCCGGUUUAAAUUUUACAAAAAAACUUUGUAAUUAUUUAUCUUAUCAAUCUGUUUUCGUCGUACUGUUUAUUAGCAUUUUAAAGUAUUGUUGAAACAAUUCAGUUUUGAUGUUAGAAUCAAAACAUAAAACAUGACGUCACAUUUUGUGAAAUUUUCGCAAAGGCAACAUACAUGAGAUAGUGAUUGUUAAAUAUGACCGGGAGUAAUAUUAAUGAUGUAUUCGCUACUUCAUGUAUUUAGCAUGCAUAAGUACAAAUUAGCUUAUUGUCUGUGAUAUAAUAAUGUUAUUGAAUGUUUCUUCAUUAGCUCGCCUCUGCGAAGAAGAGGAGAGCUGAUGUUGUCACACAGGCGUCGGUUUUGGCAUUGGUUUUGGUUUUCUAAUAUUAACAUUUUGGCACAAGUAUGGAAAGGCAUGCUGAUAUUUGGUAUUAGGCUCCAUGUAGUGUUAUACUUUCACCUCCCGGAGUCGAACUUCAAGAUUUUUGCUGAUUUUUUUAGAGUGUUGAAAGGCAUUCACAUUUUACUUUAAAAUUGUGCUAGGGUGCUGAUAUUUGACAUUAGCGUCGCUGUUUGGUUAGACCAUAACAUGCCGGAGUUAAACUGAAAGAGUUUUGAAAGACAAAACCUGCCUUUUGACAUGUUUUUGACAUAUAACUUGUAUUUAAACAAUAUGCAAAACAAUAACAAUUGAUGUAUUUUAAUCAUUUAUUGACAAAUAUUUGCGAGAAGAGCUGUGCUGUUCUAAAACAGCUCAUUUUUGUUUCAGAAAAUGGUAAUGGUAAUGGUACAAAACGGUAGGACAACAGACAUGGCCUAUAUCAGUCUUCUCCUACAGAUAUUCUUUGUGGGUAUAGAUGUUUAUACAUGCAUGUAAAUAUCAAUCAAAAAAACAAUGGAAAGCAAGGACCAAUACGAUGUCGUAUAUGAAGACGGUUGAAUCAAUGAAGAACCAGAAUAUCUUAGAAUAAUCACUAACACGCAGAAACGAUGCAGAAUAAUCGCUAUUGAUAAACCAUUGUAGGCAGGAAAACGGUCAUUGAACAAAAAAGUUUAAUGAACAAUGGCACAGCAUCACGAAGAAGUGACGACAGUGACACAGGAAUGGCAAAGUUAACUAAUGAGGUCAUCUCCAUUGAAAGAGAACAUGACGAUGAAGGUGAUGUUGAUAUUACAGAGGAUACGAUGAUGGAAGAGGAUAUUAACCGAGCCCCUGACGGAGGAUAUGGCUGGUUCAUUGUCUUUGGAAGUAUGCUGGUCCAUCUCAUUAUAGGUGGGCUGGAGAGAUCAUCCGGUAUCCUAUUUCUAAAAUUUGACGAAAAAUUCCAACAGUCCGCCGUCGCCACUGCAUGGGUACUCUCCCUUUCAUCGGGUUUGCGAUUGACUCUAGGGCCUGUAUGUAGCGCGCUUUGUAACCGAUAUUCCCACCGAUCUGUUGCAAUAAGUGGAUCAAUUCUGGUCUUUAUCAGCAUGAUCGCGACGGCCCUGUCGCCGGACCUCACUUUCACUUACUUCAGUUAUGGAUUCCUUGGAGGUGUUGGAAGGUUAUUUGCAUAUGCUCCUUCUGUGAUUAUAGUUGGAGAGUAUUUCAACAAAAAAAGAGGUGUUGCCGUCGGUAUGGCAACGUGUGGGGUAGGCUUUGGAAGCUUGUUUUUCCCCACUAUGAUCGAAAUGUUCUUCAAGGUUUAUGGAUAUUUUGGCUCGUUUCUCCUGCUUGCGGGUGUCAUGUUAAAUCUUGCUAUUAGUGGGUGCCUCUUCAGACCUCUAUGGCUUCAUACCCAAAUGGCAGCAAAUCAAGUAAGAGGAAGACAAUUAAAGGAUUUGGAAUCAGGAACAGAAUUAUUAGAACAGAAGUCAAACACCAAUAAACCAAAGCAGGCUGAAAAUAGAUUAUCAGUUUCUUCCCGUAAAUCCAAAACCAAGACUAAGAAAUUUAUUGACCUGUCACUGUUAAAAGAUUUUCGUUUUCUAUGUUUUUGUGUAGCUAUUUUAUUAUUUACUGCAUCGUUCCAAAUCGCAUUUGUAUUUAUACCUCCCUACGCUAAAUCAAAAGGAAUGAGCGAUCUACAGGCGUCGUAUGCCGUUUCUAUCGCUGGAAUUUUUGAUGGUAUAGGUAGAAUACUUUCAGGAAUUGUACUUGAUUUAAAACAUGUCAAAAAGUACCGGAUAUACUUAUACAAUAUCGUUAUGUUCUUUAUUGGACUGACGUCAUUCAUAGUACCAAAUAUUGACACAUUUGGUCCCCUAAGCGUGAUGUGUGGUGUUUACGGACUACUGGUUGGUGCAUACAUGUCGCAGAAGUCUGUUAUUAUCGUCGACAUCCUAGGAGUGGACAAUCUCUCCAGUUCCUUUGGUUUAUUGAUUUGUUUCCAAGGAAUUGGGAUGUUUAUUGGUCCACCAAUCGCCGGUGCCAUGAAGGAUGUAUCCGGUCACUUUGGGGGCGGAUUUUAUUUGGGAGGAUCGUCCAUGUUAUGUGGUGGUUUGAUUUUGACAGCUGCAAAUGCGCUUCAUUAUUUUAGGAAACCAAAACCAGAUUUGUAAAAAUUAAAGAAUUGUACAGAAAAUUCAUUCAUACUUCCAUAAGCAAUCAGAACUCCGUUUUUAUAAUAUUCUGAACAUGGAUUUUACGAUAAUCAUUUGAUAAGACGUUUUUUACAUAUAGCUACAAGUAUACAGUUUGCAUGUGAUAGAGGUGUCCAGGUAUUUUGCUAUUUUUUUUAUCGCUGUCUUAUACGUCAGGGAAUUUCUAGUUUUACCUUUAUCUCUAAUUUGGUUAAAUUCCCAAGAUGUCGUUAAGUGGCAAGUUUGAAUUUCGACUUUCUCCUUGUUAUUGUUAUUAUCUAAUGGAGGAAAUGGAUUGCAUGACAUUAACACUUGACAUUGGUAAUUUAAACACAGCAUGGUGACGCUUCUAACACUUUUUUUAAAACAUAACGAGUUCUGGAGACAUCAAUGUAAUGCAAAACGAAAAAAACCUAUCAUAUACAGUUUCUGUUAGUUCCAAUAAUGAUUAUUAGUUUCUUCUAACUCUAAAAAAUUAUUAUAUACCGUAAAAAGUUUCUGAUAGAUCCAAUGAAGAUUAGUAUAUAUUAUUUAAAGUUUCUGAUAGUUCCAAUAACGAUUGUUAUAUAGCAUAUAAAGUUUCUGCCAACUCCAAUAAAGAUUAUUAUAUAGCAUAUAGGAACCACGAAACCAAAUUAUUUCCGUUAGACGAUAAUGUUGACGUUUACCACUGUCGUUUUCAACACUAGUCCACUAGCCAUAAUUUUGAAGAAUGUCAUCUCGGAAACCUGUAAAUAAAAUGAUUGAAAAUUC